CUCCUCUUACUAUAGAAUGAAACGACCGAGAGAGAGAAAGGAAGAGAAGGCACAGCCUCCGUCAGAGAAAAGAGCGAUAAAUACAUUUUGGGGAGAGGAUUUGUUUAAAAACGACUGCUUAACCAGACCAUACAUAUUGUGUGAUUCCGAUCAAUUUGGGCAGGUGAGAAUCGAGAUUUGAAACGGUGGGUUGUCUUGGUGUAUGGUUGAAGACAGAAAAAAGGGACACCGAAGAAUUGGAUCAACAUCAACGUAAUAUGGAAUUUCCGAUGGCCCAAGAGACUAACCCAAGCCUGACGCCUGUGCUUUGUACCACUGGCUGUGGUUUCUAUGGCAACCCCAGGAACAACGGCAUGUGCUCGGUCUGCUACAAGGAGCACCUGAACCGUCAGCAGAGUAGUACCCACGGCUUGAGUCAACUUAGCCCAAUGGGAACAGUUGGUAGUCCUACCCCUGAUGCCUCAGCCAUCCAGCGACUAGAGGCCAGUCUAGCCAAAGAAGACCCUUCAUCUGGCUCUGCUGCAGACAUGGCUAGAACUAUUCAAGGCUCUCUUCCAGUGACUCAACAAAUGACAGAGAUGAGCAUCUCAAGAGAUGAUAAAGCAGAGCCUGUUGUGACUGAGCCUACUGCUUCUAGCCCUGCCACUGGUGACAAGGCUAAGGGAGACACCCCCAAUCCCAAGAAGAAUAGGUGCUUCAUGUGCCGCAAGAGGGUGGGCCUAACAGGGUUCGAUUGUCGCUGUGGGAACCUGUUCUGCGGUCUCCAUCGGUACUCCGACAAGCACAACUGCCCUUACGACUACAAGGCGGAGGCAGCUGCCAAGAUCCGCAAGGAGAACCCUGUAGUGGUCGCCGACAAGAUUCAGAGAAUAUAGGGUUAAGAACCAUCCACAAAGACUGAAGUAUGAUUGGACCCUCGACAUGAACAUUGGCAUGAGUGGCAAAAGGAUAUCGGACUCGUUUUUAAAAUCACAACCUUGAGAAAAGUGAAAGAGACCUUGCCUGAGGGGGAGAUGCAUGAACGAUCACUAUUUGUCUUGUUUUUUUAUGUUUCCGUUUGUUUUUCCUGUGUCUUUGCCGAUAUUCUGUUUUUUGUUGUCUUUUAAAAAGAAUCCCAGGGUACCUGUUGAUGAGACGUAGUGAAUGUGGGAGAUGGAUAGAAAUGCCAUAAAUAGAGCCACCAUGAUCCACCCCUUCAACAGGUCAGAGGCAUGUCUGUUCUGCGGAACCUAUUUCUAUCUGGACGUUCCAUCACAACGUUGUGCCCCACUGAAUACAGCCCCUGAGCUGUUUGGCCGCUUUGUUGCCAAAUAGACAACGGACAUUUUGUCUAAAGUUGUAUGCACGUGCAGUAUCCCGACGAGUUCAGUUGUCUCCAUUUCUACUCUCCAUUCACAUCAGUUGGUCGGGUCAGUUGUCCGAAAGGUAUGACCGCUCGAACUGCAAACUUUUCCAAAAUGCAUGUGGUCGUUGUUUCAAACUUCUGUGUGACCGUUUCCGCCACUGGGCACUUCUGCCACAGUGCUCUCUCACAGCUGCUACCCUAGCGUGCAUGCAAUUGCAAACAUAUUCAUGGGAAAACAGCUGUUCACUAAUUUGUAUUGAACACAAAAGGUAAUAUGGCAGAGGGCUCUGUCUGUACACAGUGUUGUACCCUCGCUGUCUUGCAUGACAAAGACACGUAAGCCUCUCCGACCUGCCUACCUCGCAGCAGGACAUGUUUCUCCUCAUCGCAUUGUGCGUGUGAAGCCUUCUCUUAAAAUCACUUCGUUAUUUCCAGGUGAGGGGGUUACCUCGAUAGGCCAUUUUUAGGUAACCUGGUCAUCGGGCACCGUUUCCUUUUGAUCAAGUGACUGACAGUCAUAAGAGGUGUGAGAACGGGGACAAAAAAACGUUUAAUUAACCAGCUAUCAUGUGGGACUGAACUUUUAGUCAAGGAGUUCCAUCAGAAUCUCCCAACUGGCUCUCAUGCAGAGGGUUGCGUACACUGACCCUGGUGCAGUUCUGAGUGAGGCUUGGGCACUACCCGUCUAUGUUACCUGAUAUAUGGGGGUAUGAAUGGGAUAGCGCAACCCAUGCAGUUGUGUAAAAUAUCUGAAUGAAUUGGCAUCACUCGACUAGUGCUAGGUCAUUUUUGUGAAUCCUCAGACAUUAGCACAUGUAUUCAGUGUAGUUAGGCUAUGUGAUCCAGCCAUGCUGUGUGUGUGUGUGAGCACAUGGUUGUCAGUGUGUGUGCGCCCCCCUCCUUAGUCUGAAGCAAUAUGGGUUAAACAGCACAAGCUACAGGAGCAUGCCAGAGCUACGGUUUGAAAAAGAGAUUACAGAGUUGGACAACUUCUCUUUUCAGCUUUCUAUCCGCUCUGUGUGUGUGUGUGUGUGUGUGUGUGUGUGUGUGAUCGAGCCGUGUCUUUUCUUUGGGGGGGCUGUGUUGAUCUUAUUUUUGUUCUGUAGGGAUGUGAGUUUUUUUUUUUAAGAAAUUUCGGUUUCCCCUUUUGAUUGUUAGUUUAUAUGCAAAUUUGUACAAAACUGUUUUAUGUAUUACAUAUCUUGCUACCCAGCAUUACAGCAGCAUUGUAUCAUGUAAAUAGACUGUACAGAGAGACAGUACAAGGCCUGGUAUUGGUGGUUUGGAUUACAGCUUCACUUGUUAUCAACGAUGUCAUUUGGAUCAGGAUCCCACAUUGUAUAUACAUGCAUCUGUUGUCUAUUGCGCCUGUGAGCUCAACUAUGCUAUAGCAUUACAAGUAGAGGUUGGAGUGUUAAGGAAAAAGGAUUGCCUGGGUAAAGGUGAAUGUGUGCCAGUCACUAUCUUUUUCAAACUUUUUUUGCACACCUGUCAUAUGCUUGGGGGAGUGUGUUGGCAGAUGGUGUCACGCUGGCAGCUGCUCAGACAGCUGAGGCCGGGGCAGAGAGGAAGACCGAGAAGAUGACGACUACUAAGCUCAACUCCCUGCCCCAGUACCCCUCCGUCUGAGCAGGGAGAAGAACGAGGACAGCUGAUGUGGGACAUGAGCAUCAGAGAACCAAUGUGUUCUGUUCAACCUGACCCAGGAACAGCUGGGGAGGUCCUGUAGCCUACCUCUGAGGGUUGGGACAGACGCACAUCUACCCCCUGGUGAACCCCUGUCUAAUGUGUCUGUUUCGCUUGCCAUGUGUUAGUGAGUGUGCAUAUGUCUGGAAAGCUGGCUCAGUGUGACAGAUGUGGAUUUAACAUGAAUGCACCUUAGUCUACUGUGGGGAGUUAAGAACACUGCGAGGGGACAACGGGAGAGCUAGGGCAACUACGGUAGGAAGGAGAUUGUUCCAAAUCAACCUCUAGCCCCUACACCAAGGCACUCCUGUAGAUCUGAAGGGAUUGGAUAAGCAUUAUGGUAGUAGCUUCGUCUUGCCUUUUAGAUUAGCUGGGUGGAAAUAUAUUGCUUCUAUCUAUACAAUCCUCUCAGUUCUACAGGAUGGUUUAGGAGUUGGAUUUUAAUCCAGGGUGUGAGGGCAAUAGGGGAGCAUUUUGAUAGGUCAGGGCGAGUUCACUGUGAACAUAGGGAAUGGACAUGUUUGAGAUUCUGAAGGGUUGACCCGAGGUACCAUCACUGAACUCUGUGUGACCAGUCUGAGCCUGGUCCCAACGAUGACACUCCCUUACCAUACAGAACACUAAAGACACUCCUAGAAAUAAAUACUCUACUAUACAGAACACUAAACAAACAGUCAGAGGAAUACUUGCUCACUGUCCCAUUCAUCCUUUUGAACCUGUUCUACUUCAUCAUCUCCCUUAAGACAGGCGUCCCCCACUUUAGCCCAGAAUGGAUGGAUGAAGAGAAAAGGGGAGAGGGAGUCAUGAGUUUUUAGGCAUGCUAUUGACCUAGGUUUAACAAUACGUGUCAGUAGCCAUCUAGGAAGCUUCCUUUAAGUCAGAGGGAGAAUCUGUUGCGUUCUCCUCGCCUCCUAAAAACGCAUUGGAUGAGAAAGCCAGAUGUUCCUCCUCUGACCUCCAAUGGGUUUUGAGAAUGAGGUGAAGAGAGGACAGGAAGAAUAGGAGUGGUCACAGGAUACGUGUCAUUGAGAGAGAGUGGAGGGUAGAGAGAGAAAAAGGGGAAGAUUGACAAAUGGUGUGCAUGUAGACAAAUCAGUGGAUGAAUGAUUGAAGACUGGGUAAGCAGGGAUGGGGCAAAAAUAACCAAUUCUGAAAGUCAAGUGUUGAAAUAACAUGAUUAAAAGGCCAAUGGUAGGUCCAGAGGUCACAGCUUUUCACUGACUGGGAAAUAAAGGAAAGUGCUAUUCGUCUUGACAUAGGGAAGAUCUCAAUUGCAUACUCAUCUUCUCAAAACCCAUUGAAUGAGAAAUUCUGAGGUCCCACCCCUGACCUUUUCCUCCAUUGGGCUUUGAUGAGGAGAGAGGAUGCAAGGAUAUUGCAUUUGAGAUCUUCCCUAGUUUUACAUUACUACACUUUGAAACUGGUAACCAGGGUUCGGGUGAAUUCCCAUUUCAAUUCCAAUUCUCUACAAUGUGGAAAAAAUGGAAUUGGAGUUCAGUUUACUUUUUGAAUUGACUGGAAGUCCCAGAAAUGAUUGGAGUCAUGGCAGCAGCGAAAGUCAAGUAAUAAACCACAAAGUCGCCAACUUUAAAGGUGAAAAAUAUAUUUGACUCAAUGCAGUAUUGUCAUUUCAUACAAUAUAAAUGAGUCAUUAAAAAGCUACGACAAA